CGAAAACUGUCAGAUCGCAGAAACUUCCACAAGCAAAAUCAUCACACAAUCGGCUCGUUUCGUCGCUCUUCUUCUCGUGGAUUUAAUUGGAUUUUCAGUGAAAAUUUAUCAAUUUCGAUAGAAAAUACUGUAAUCGGAAGUGUUUGCUAGUGAACAUUUGUGCUACCUUAUCUAUCAAUGUGAGUAAAUAGAUUGUUUUCUGAUAAGAGGAUUCCUGGAUACGAAAUCUCGGCGCAAACAAUAACAGUGCAUUGAACGUGGCUGCAGCGUGAUUCAACUCAAACCGAAGCAGCAGUAUGGCGGUCUACUGCUGGGGUAAUACCGUCCACGGUGAGCUGGGCUUGGGUGGCAUCGAGGAUGAACAGGUUCUGCUUCCCCGCGAAAUGGACUGGUGUCACUCGUCCAGCGUGCAGCAGGCAGCCUGCGGAACUUCGCACACCCUUCUGCUGACCAAGGAUGGGAAGCUGUUCUCCUGCGGAAACAACGAUCACGGACAGCUGGGACACGACACGGACUGCCUGCCCAACAAACGGCCACGUACGUGCCGCUUUAAGUUCAUCUCAUCGCUGGAAAACUACAUCGUAACGCACGUCAGCUGCGGCACCACGCAUUCCCUCGCCCUGACCAACUGGGGCCAGGUGUUCAGCUGGGGAUCGAACUCGAUCGGUCAGCUCGGUCACGACACCGAUCUGCAGACCUACACCACGCCACGGAUGAUCAAAACCAUCGCAACGAAAACGGUGGUUCAGAUCGCUUCCGGUCAGUUCCACUCGCUGGCCCUGACCAACAGCGGAGAAUUGUUCUCAUGGGGUGCCAACGGGUACGGCCAGCUCGGAUUGGGCACGACCGGCGAGAAACUGGUCACUCCAACGCUGGUGAAAUCGCUGGCCGGGAUUCCGAUUGCGUUCAUCGCUUGCGGAGGUAAUCACAGUUUCGCCGUUUCCAAAUCCGGUGCAAUAUUUGGUUGGGGUAAGAACACUUUCGGUCAGCUAGGGUUGAACGAUCUCGUGUCCCGAUGCUUCCCGCAGCAGUUAAAGACGUUGCGGAAUCUGGGCGUUCGGUACAUUAGUUGCGGAGAUGAUUUCUCCGCUUUCUUGACCCAGGAGGGAGGAGUGUUCACUUGUGGGGCGGGAACUUUCGGUCAGUUGGGACACGGCACGUGUAGCAAUGAGAUUUUGCCGAGGAUGGUGUUCGAGUUGAUGGGUAGUAAGAUUACGCAGAUUGCUUGCGGACGAAGACAUACGUUGGCGUUUGUGCCUUCGAGGGGGAAAAUUUACGGGUUUGGACUGGGCGGUGUCGGGCAAUUGGGGGUAGGAGUUAUCAGCAACUACAAUACGCCUCAGAUCGUACGAGGGCCUUGGAUCGAUCCGGGGCCGAAAACAAUCGACACUAUCAGCCCGCCUCCCGCGACUCAAUUGAUCGUGGGAAAGAUCUUCGCCGGUGGUGAUCAGUGUUUCGUCUCGCUACUAGUCGACGACCCCGAAAGUAUAGGUUCUGCGGAUUAUCGCCUAUACGAUCCGAACACGCAAAUACUGACGAUGUCGGCUGAGAUCAGUAAGAAACUUUGCCAUAUCCAACCGGAGGAGACGAUCGAUAUCGACUUGCUCAGCGUAAUCGAAACGGUGUUCAAAAGCUUAGCUUGCUUCAACGGAUCUUGGCUGUUGCCCAAUGAGCAGCAUCUGUGUUGCUCGUCCAGACAGCCCGGAGUCGACAUGGAAGCCGCCGAGGAAACCUUCGAGAACAUACGCAAAAUUGAACACGAUACUCUAAAACAGAUGAUCUGGGAGUCGAUCUCAAGCGAUCUGAUCAGUUCGCUGGUUGCGUCCCCGGCUGACGUAGAAACGCUACGAAUCUAUCUCACGCUGCCAAUGUAUCACGAGUUUAUAAAUUCUAAAAACUACUCCAAACUGCACUCCCCAUUCAGUUUAGCAGUUCAGAAACUUCAGAAAAAUCCAUUCACCAUCGUCAGCCGGUGGUGGGCCAACCAAUCGCUGGAAUACUUCGAACGCUUGGUGGAAAACUUCAAACACGUCAUUCUGUACAUAAUCCACUUCAAAUUCCCCAAAGUGGUCGGCAGUAAUGGCGAAGAGCGCCAGGAAAUACGCUAUGAACCGAAUCUGGCUGCGAUGCUGGACAUUGUGGGAAUUCUGUACAAAAUCAAUCAUCUCGAGCGGAAACAAAAGCUGCCUUACGAACAAUUCCACAUCCACGAGAUUGACGAUCUGAUCGACAUCCGGUUGGAUUACGUGCGCUGGGUGACCGACAAUAACGGAACGUACUUCUCGCUGUGCAACUAUCCCUUCAUCUUCAACGCAUCCGCCAAGAUGUACUUACUGCAAACCGAUCAGGGAUUGCAAAUGCAUCAAGCCAUGCAGGACGCGGCACACGCCAGUUUCCUCUCAUUCCUCCGACCGGAUGUCAACGUGUCGCAGUUCAUCGUGCUGAACGUAUCGCGGGAGAACAUCGUGCAGGAUACGAUCCGAGAACUGGCCCAGUACUCUGCGAACGACUUGAAGAAGCCGCUCAAGAUCAAAUUCCACGGCGAGGAAGCCGAAGAUGCCGGUGGGCUGCGGAAAGAGUUCUUCAUGCUGCUGUUGAAGGACAUCCUGGAUCCCAAGUAUGGCAUGUUCAAAACGUACGAGGAAUCCCGGGCCAUCUGGUUCACGGAGGACUUUUUCGACAACGAAGAAACCAUGUUUGCCCUGAUUGGAAUACUCUGCGGGUUGGCUAUUUACAAUUUUACGAUCAUCAACCUGCCGUUCCCGCUAGCGCUGUACAAAAAGCUUCUGGACGAACCGGUGGACCUGUCAGAUUUGAGGGAUCUCUCGCCAACGGUGGCGCAGUCGAUGCAAAGCAUUCUCGACUACACGGAAUCAGACUUUGAGGAGGUGUUCGACUUGACGUUCUCCACGACACGGGACUUCUUCGGGGAGAUGCAGACGAUUGAGCUAACGCCCGGAGGAGAUAAGAUGCGGGUGACUCUGGAUAACAAGGAAGAAUUCGUGCGGCUGUACAUCGAUUACGUGCUGAACAAAUCGGUGGAGAAAUCGUUCAAGCAGUUCCGGCUCGGGUUCAUGAAGGUGUGCGGUGGAAACGUGCUGAAACUGUUCAAGGCUCACGAGCUGAUGGCGGUGGUCAUCGGCAACGAGGAGUAUGAUUGGCAUGUGCUGGAGGAGAACGCAGAGUAUAAGAAUGGUUACAAAUCGAGCGAUCCCACGAUCCGGUGGUUCUGGGAGGUCUUCCAUGAGUUGCCACUAGAGGAAAAGAAAAAGUUCUUACUGUUUUUAACGGGCUGUGAUCGUAUACCAAUUCAAGGCAUGAAAGCAAUCAAGAUCCACAUCCAACCGACACCCGACGACAAGUUCCUGCCGGUGGCGCACACCUGUUUCAACCUGCUCGAUCUACCCCAGUACAAGACGAAGGAAAAACUCAAGUACAAGCUGCUGCAAGCGAUCCAGCAAACUCAGGGCUUCAGCCUGGUAUAGCCAGAGCAAGACCAGACGACGUGUAAGCAAACAUAACCGCCGGGUAAACUGUAAGUAUGGCGCCACCUCUUGUUGAAUCCUUGAACGAAACCAAAUUUCGGUAGAACUAGUAACACACCUCGACUGCCAGGAAACAAGCCGUCGCCGGAACUAGUUCAAUCUUUCACAAGAAUAAAAACCUUUAGAUAUCAUCAUCUCUCGGAUACUGCAAUGAGGUGCGUGUUGCAUUGAAUAUCCACUCGGAAUAGAAAACCAGCGCAAUGGUACGGUUGUCUUGAGUUGGAGACCACUGCGUUGGGAAUCAUUCAUAUACAUGUUAUAAGGGAGCUUUAAUAUGCUUUUAUUGGGCAAAUAGAUUACAUAUGACUGACUGCGUUCCCGGCCUGUUUCAGAGGUCGAAAGCAAAGCAAAUUUUAAAUGAUAACUUAUAAGGUGCCGUUGUGAAGAGAUGAUGAAUUAACCUAUUUAUUCCGAAUUUAUUGACCAGUGAAAAGGAAGCAUCUUUGAAAUGCAUUUGUUCUGAAAAAAAAAUCACCAAAAUAAUUAUUUGAAUUUUGCUUUGAUAGUUAUCUCGAUUAUUUCAACGAAAUAGUUAUAUAAAACUGGGACGUUUCGAUAGAAAGGUGUUCCCACUCGCUUAGUUUAUCACAUAGAACCGGUUGAAUUUCUGUUGAUUAGGCCAACGAAUGGCUGCAGCACGAAGUGAUGUAGCCGCGAUGUUUGAUUGUUGACUAGCGUGAAAUAAUAGGUUGGUAAUAAAUUUCUUUUUUCAUAUA